ACUGAGCGUCAAAAGCUCAGCAACAAAAAAAUAUAGCAAAAUCUUCUUUUAAUAUUAUGGGUGACGAAAAUUCAAAUUCUCGUAAAAAAUGUGAAUUAAAGAAAUACAAUGUAAUAAUUAUAGGAGGUGGCAUGGCUGGGCUAGCCUCAGCCAAUCAUUUUAUCAGAAAUGGUAUGGACGACUUCGUAAUAUUAGAAGCUAGAAAACGUAUCGGUGGAAGAAUAAUUUCUAUACCAAUGAAAAAUCAUAAUGUUGAAUUAGGAGCUAACUAUAUUCAUGGAGUUCUGGGUAAUCCGAUAUACGAAUUAGCGUCGAAAAAUGGUCUUGUUAACAUAAUAAAUAUACCCAAACCGCAUAAGGUUAUUGCGGCUACUGAAAACGGUAAGCAAGUGCCCUUCGGUGUAUUACAUGAAAUCCACGAGGCUUAUGUUUGUUUCUUAAGGCGUUGUGAGGAGUAUUUUUUAUGUCAGUACCUUCCACCUCCCGACAUACAUAGUGUGGGUGAACAUAUAAAUCUUGAAGCCACUAUAUACUUAGAACGCCUCCCGACAUCAGAAGAAAAGAAAUUGAGGAGAUUAAUAUUUGAUUGCUUGUUAAAACGUGAAACUUGUAUAUCAGGAUGCAAUUCAAUGGAUGAUAUUGAUCUGCUAGAAUUAGGCAGUUACACUGAAUUACAGGGCGGUAAUAUUGUAAUCCCCUCAGGUUAUAGUUCCAUUUUAGAACCUAUGACUAAAAAUAUAUCACCUGACAAAAUGUUGUCUAAACAUCCAGUGACCAAAAUUAUUUGGGAUUCAGAACAACAAAGUAGUUUAAGAAAUUUUGAAGAUGUUGGCGAGGAAUCAGAAGAUUCAGAUCAAACUGUGAUAGAAGACAUCUCCAAAGCUACCUCUGAAAGGGCAGGUGAUUCCAGUGAAAGUAAUGUUAAUACUUCUGAAAAACUCAGCAAAAAGUUAUCUCAUUGUGUCGAAGUAGUUUGUGAAAAUGGACAAAGUUUAUAUGCAAAUCAUGUGAUAUGUACUGUACCAUUGGGUGUACUCAAAGAAACAGCUGGGUCAUUAUUUGAACCUGCGCUGCCACAGUAUAAGUUAGAGUCAAUAGAACGAUUAUUAUUUAGUGCUGUUGAUAAAAUUUACUUAGAAUAUGAAAGGCCUUUUUUAAAUCCAGACAUAACUGAAAUUAUGUUACUCUGGGAAAACGCACAAGUUUCGGAAGAUAUCUCACAAUCAUGGUAUAAAAAGAUAUAUUCAUUUGUUAAAGUGUCAGAAACUUUGUUAUUGGGGUGGCUAUCUGGAAAAGAAGCUGAAUAUAUGGAAACAUUGUCAAACGAAGAAGUGGCAAAUACUUGUACAAAAAUCUUGCGUCAAUUUCUAAAUGAUCCAUUUGUUCCUGCACCUCAAUGUUGUGUGUGUACAAGUUGGAAAAAGCAGCCUUAUACAAGAGGAUCUUAUACAGCCAUUGCUGUUGGUGCUAGUCAAAGUGAUAUUGAAAGCUUAGCACAACCACUGUUCAGAAAUGUUCAUGACAAAAAGCCUGUGUUACUCUUCGCUGGAGAGCACACACAUAGCAGUUUUUACUCAACAGUGCAUGGCGCUUAUCUCUCCGGUCAAGCAGCUGCAAGGCGACUACUAGUUCCGGAUGUGACUGCAGAGAACGUUCUAGAUUGCCCCGUGUCCAAUGACUUAAAUACUUGGAUACAAGGCAUACAGCUAGAUGGUUAACAAAGAACGGUAAAAAGAGACGUCACUUUCUUUUUAUCCUUGUUUAACAUGACACAGGACUUCGCCUAUUAAAAAAGACAUGAAUUUGUAUAGUAACCGUUCCUUAUUUAUAUUUUAUGUAAUACUUUGUUCGGGGCUUAUUAUAUUCCGAUUAUGCUUUUAAAUGAUAUAGAGAGUAAUAUACAAUAAUAUUAAGUAGAAAUAACAACUACUUAUUUUCAUUUUGAUCUCCAAUUUGUUUUCAAAUGUAAUUUUGAAAAUGUAAGAUCGAAAGUCAGUGAUUCACUUUUUACGCCGAUUUUAAUGUGGCGAACGGAAAUGUAUUUAUAAACCCCGUUCAGUCAAAAAAUUAUUGCUCUUGCUAAAUUAGACUAUUUUUUUUUUUUUUUAUGGAAUUCGUCGUAGUUAUAUGCAAUCACAUGACCUAAUAAUAAUUUUGAUUUUGUACAAAUUGUACAUAUUAAUAUUAAAUUAUUUAGUAUCUAUGUUACCACAAAAGAUGUCGUUCACACAAAUGCAUUUUUAGAUUAGCAGUAUUAGGAAUAGGUUAAGAUCGUAUGUUAUAUUUUUGUCACGUUUUACUUUUACUAUGUAUAUAUAUAUAUAAUUAUGUAUAUGUAUUUUUCAUACAUACUGUUUCAUACAGCACUAUUUAAAUACGUAGAAAGGUAUAAGUGCCUAAAUAUAAUGUUAGAUCGGUUUUGUUUUUCAAACUUUUAUGCUAUACACGUGGUGCAUAAUGCAUUAGCUUCGCGCUAUAAUAGAAAAUUACUGUGUUAAAACUUAAAUUGUGUCUAAAUUUAUUAUUUAGUCUAAAUCAAUAUUGUUGUAAUCUAAUUUAUAUAUAUUUUUACCUUAACAAUUAUUUGAUGGGUUUUGAUUUGAAAUAAUGUGGCAAAUUUUAUCGUAGUAAAGCGAUGUAAAAGAAUUUUGACAUAAAUGCAAUAAAAUAUUUUGAUUGAUAGGUAGCUCCUAUUUAUGAUUUUCUAGUCACUGCAUGUUUUUGUAUCGCUUAAAUAAAUCAA